AGCAAGCAACAAGCAGACGAGCUCAACAAACGUCAUAUCGCGCUGCAGUACAACAUAGAGUGCGUCAAGGUUCGCACUGCUGCACCGAUAUAACGCACUGCAAACGAUAGGACGCAUCGCUACGACAGCAAGCCAUGCUCCUCUCGGCCCUGCGCCGAGGCGCCAUACGCGCAACAUGCGUCGUAGCCGGCGGCGUUUCAUUGAGUGAGGAGUACCCCGUCUUCACGAGGGAAGAAAUCAGCAAGCGGGACGGCAAGAGGGGCGCGACCUGGGUUACGUACAAGGACCAAGUGUACGACAUUACGGAGUUCGUGAACGCGCACCCGGGCGGCGCCCAGAAGAUCAAAUUGGCCGCCGGCGCUUCGGUGGAGCCCUUCUGGCGCAUCUACAAGCAGCACCUGGAUCCUGCCGUGGACAUUCAGGAGAUCCUGGCCCCGAUGCGGGUCGGCACGUUGGAUGCAUCUGAUUUCGCCAAAGAGACUACCAUGACGAAGGAGAAGAAGGAGGACGACCCUUAUAGAGAUGAGCCGGAGCGACAUCCCGCUCUGACGGUGCACACGGCCGAGCCGUGCAACGCCGAGGCGCCGGUGGCCAUGCUCGGCGAUCCUUAUAUCACACCUACGGAGUUGUGGUACGUGCGGAACCACCACCCCGUUCCACUUGAUGACGGAGACGCCCACAAGUUCUCCGUCACUACCGAUAACGGAGCGGAGGUCUCGCUAAGCGUCGCGGACCUCAAAAAGAACUACUCAAAAACAACAGUAACAGCGACGAUGCAGUGUAGUGGAAAUCGACGGGGCCACAUGAACCAAUAUGGGAAGACGUCGGGCACGGCCUGGGGGUCCGGGGCGGCCUCCACGGCCGAGUGGGCCGGCGUGCCUCUGCGAGUAGUCGUCGCGGACCUACUCUUCAAAGAUAAAUCAGCACCAUUAACAGCAGCAAAAGCACUAGGUGCGAAACACGUCAUCUUCGAGGCCAAGGACGACAUGCAGGCGUCGGUACCCGUCGAGAAGGCUCUGUCGGAACUCGGUGAUUGUAUGCUAGCCUACGAGAUGAACGGUCAGCCCAUCCCCAGAGACCACGGCGGUCCGCUCAGAGCCAUCGUGCCGGGCUACGCCGGUGUGAGGAACGUGAAGUGGGUCCAGCGCGUCAAGUUGUCGUCGGACGAGGCGGAAGGAGCGUGGCAGCGCGGCAUGAAUUACAAGGCCAUGCCCUCGCACUGGCGGACGAAACAGGAUCUGCAGGGCGUCGACUUUUCGGCGUUACCUUCCAUCCACGAGCUGCCCGUGCAGUGCGCCUUUUCGUCGCCGGCGCCCGGCGAUGCGUUACCGAUUGAUGAGGACUCUGUGGAGGUUAAGGGAUGGGCCCUCGGCAGCGCCGGCCGGUCGAUCCAUCGGGUGGAGGUGUCGGCGGACGGCGGCGAAACGUGGGUCGAGGCCGACUUGGAGGAGGGCCUGGACCAACCUUAUGGGAGAGCGUGGGCCUGGACGACUUGGUCUGCCGAAGUACCGGUCGGCGAGGGUCCGGUGGAGCUCGUAGCGAGAGCGCAUGAUUUGGGGGGAGGGGCGAUGCCGCGGACGCCGGCGGACGUCUGGAAUAUCCGCGGGCUGAACAACAACAGCUGGCCGGUCGCGCGGCUCGAGCGGUCGAACAAUGUCUAACAGUUUGUGAUUGAUAUACAUGAA